AUGUUCCAGGACGACAGAUGGAUAUUUUUUGUUGAUGACAAAAGAGGAAGCAAAAUUAUAGCAGCAAACGAUAGAACAAGUUAUGAAGAUUUCGUUGGGAUGGUGAUUGAGGAUUACAAAGUCGAUUUUCGGAUCUACGAUGUACAAUUGAGCUACAUGUUUUCUAAAAAGAUACUGCUUACACUACCGAAAAGUACACCACCGGUUAGGGUCACCAGUUGUAGACAGCUUCAUGGCUUUUUGGAACAAGGAAAAGAUAAGCCGUUGCACUUAUGUGUCGAGCUUAAAGAGAAAGGUAGAGAACCAGUUAUGUGUCCUUCGAAAAAGGAAUCCGCAAAUAUCAAAGAUCAAGAUGACGAUGAAGAUGGUGAUGAAGAUGACGACGAGGAUGGUGAUCGGUUUGAUUAUUGUGACGAUUCGGACGGAGCAUCUUCUGGUGAUGAAGAUUUUAGAUCGUACGGGACGCAUCCAAAAGAAGAAGAGAAUGAGGAAAAAUCUCCAGCUGCGAAAUUAGGUACUACGUCUACGAACACUCAACCAAAACGAGUUAGUCAACAUGUUAAGUUAGAAAUAUCCUCACUUAACCUAGUUGUUGGACAACAAUAUGAGUCGAAACAUGAACUAGAGACCAGGUUGAAGAUUUUGUCGGUUCUACAUCAGUUUGAUUUUAAAGUCGACAGAUCAGCGACAGACCUAUUCACUGUUAAUUGUUGGGUGGAAGGCUGUAGCUGGCGAGUAAGAGCGACACCAGUUGGAAAAUCUGAAAAGUUUACUGUUCGUGUGUACAUAGACAAACACACAUGUUCUGUUACGGAGCGUUCUGCUCGUGCCCGCCAAGCUACUCCUGACAUACUUGCAUUACUAUAUGUGAAUUCCGUUGGUGGUGUUGAUUCAAAAGUACUACCAAAACAUGUCGCAGAAGCAUUAAACAUGAGAUUUGGUAUCAAGAUGGAUUAUUGGAAGGCCCAUCGAACUCUUCUACGUGCAAGAGUUUUGGUUAGAGGUUCUCCAGAAAGUGGAUACUCAGAGUUACCGACAUAUCUCCACCAGAUAAGACAAGCAAAUCCCGGAACUUUCACGCGUUUGGAAGUCGAUGAGUUCCAGAGAUUUAAGUAUUUAUUCCUUGCAUUUGGUGCUAGUAUAAAUGGGUUUCCAUUCUUGAGAAAGGUAGUUGUUGUUGAUGGUACCUUUCUAAAGGGAAAAUAUAAAGGAACACUACUGAUCGCAUCAGCUCAAGAUGGGAAUUUCCAAAUAUUUCCAAUUGCUUUUGCAGUCGUAGAUACAGAAAAUGAUGAUUCUUGGGAAUGGUUCUUCCAGCAGCUUAGUAAUGUGAUUCAGGAUGAUGAAGGACUUGCACUUAUUUCUGAUAGGCACCAGUCUAUUGGUAACGCUAUUAAAAAAGUUUAUCCCAAGGCUAGUCGUGGAGUUUGUACCUACCAUCUGUACAAGAAUAUCUUGCAACGUUUUCGUGGUCGUGAUGCAUUUCGCUUGGUUAAGAAAGCAGCAAAUGCUUUUAAAAUAUCAGAUUUCGAUGCAACAUUUGAUGAAAUAGGAGUGUUGAAUCCAGCACUACAUAGGUACCUCGUAAAAGCUGAUGUUAGAAAGUGGGCUCGUGUGCAUUUCCCUGGAGACCGGUACAACUUAACUACAACAAACAUAGCAGAGUCUAUAAAUAAAGCGCUUUCAGAUGCGAGGAGUUUGCCAAUAGUACGAGUAUUAGAUGCAGUGCGAUCAAUGAUGACGAGAUGGUUUGCAGAUCGGAGGAUGGAUGCAGGAUCAAUGAAGACAACCCUGACUCGUGGCGUAGAGAAACUGUUGGAGAAACGUGUACAACAAGCUAAGCUCUAUAAGGUGCAAGCAAUAGAUGUACACCAUGCACAAGUGACAUGUGGUAUGUCUUUGAAUGUAGUAAAUCUGAAAGAGAAAAAAUGUUCGUGUCGUCGUUUUGAUGUGGAGAAGUUACCAUGUGUGCACGCCAUUGCCGCAGCUGAAGCACGUAGAAUUUCUCCCAUAUCAAAAUGCGAUCCAUACUAUCACAAGAACUACUUUUACAAUGCAUACUCCACUUCUGUAAUGCCAAGGGAUGCUGCUUCACCUGUUUCCGAAGAUGUCGCCUCUAAAGUGUGUUCACCUCCCAUAGUACGCAAUCCGCCAGGUAGACCUAAGAAUUCAAGAAUGAAAUCAGCAUUGGAGAAAGCCACAGCUAAAAAGCGGCCUCGUAAAGAAUACACAUGUUCUCGAUGUCAUAGAGUUGGUCAUAAUUGUAAGACAUGUAAGGCUCCUAUUGAAGUUUAG